CGCGCUUGUCUGUAUUCCAAACAUGCCCUGGAAACGGGUCUUUGAAAUCAUUCGUGUUGACAGCACGUAGUCCAGAAAAAAACGAAUGUUACUGCUUCUUCCACACCUUUUCAUUUUCUAAUAAAAAAGUGUGGUAUUUUCUAUCCCGGCGUAAUCCAGACGAUUCCACGUUUUUUUCGUCCUGGCUAAAUGUCUUUGAAUUUGGGGUUGAGGUGCUUCAACUGACGGAGAUUAGAUACUUUUUGUAGGCGAGAUAGCGAGCAAGUUUCUCGUGCCGCUUCGGUGUCAUUGUAUAGGAUGUUAGAGAUGGGCUAGUGUUACUCAAGCCUACCUAGAGAAACGAAAGUGGCUUGUUGAAUUGCGAACGUUCGCUAUAUUUCAUGAUGGAGACUCAGGACACUUUAAUAGAUAUGAAACAAUAGCAAGCUUAGCUGGAGGUGCAGUAGUAGUUCUCUCUCAGUUAAAGCUAAACUCCAGGGAUGCAAUAUCCCACCGCAAUAUCGUCAAUUUAAAAAGAUUCUUUUGAAAUUUUCAUACCCUUCGAAAGCCGAGGGCAUCUGUCGCUUAGAAUGCCGACGUCAGAGCGGAUAGACGCUGGAGCGAAUUUUCAAAGAUUCUUCGAGGGAGUCAGCGGGACUGGGCAACUGAGUAAUGAAGCGCUGGGAGGCUGCAUCGAAGCCACAGAGGGAGAUGGCAAGAAACUCGACGUAGGGGUUCAUCAAGCGUGGCCCGAUGGCUCCAGAUAUGAAGGGGAAAUCGUGAGUGGUCUGAAACAAGGCGAGGGGGUGUUCACCUGGGAAAACGGCGAGCUGUAUGAGGGCUCGUUCUAUAAGGAUUACCGGCAUGGCAUUGGGACAUACACUUGGCCAGAGGGCUCCAGGUUCCAUGGGAAAUUUUAUCGAAAUCGGAAAGAGGGCUACGGAAUUCAGCACUUCCCAGAUGGCACCACUUUUCAGGGGCUGUACCACGCGGACGAGCGUUUCGGGCCGGGUGUCCUGACGUAUCCCGAUGGGCGCCAGGACGUGGGGCUCUGGCACAGGGACCGCCUGCUGAGGCUGUGCACCAGGGUCCCUGGGGCCUUUUGUCUCAGGGCCCACCCUGAGUACUCCGCCUGCACCCCGCCCAGGGUGAGCGGCCACCGGCCCGGCAGUGAGCCUUCCUCUGGGGGGCCUGCCGAACCAGCGUUCUCCCCCUGCCCAGGGCUCUUCGUCCCGUCCCCUCAGAUCGAGGCCUACUCCACCGACUCGGACCACCUGGCCCUCCCUCUGCAUCUCCACAGAGAGCUGGAUCGCCGCUUUUUCAGCGGACGGGACGGUGACCCCAACAUGGACCCGGCUGCUUUUGAGUCCCUGCCACUUCAGCUGCGGAUGCAGGCUCAUAUCCACAGACACAGGUUUGAGGCUGAGGAGCAGGACUGGGCCGUGGCAGCUGUUACGUCUGGCAAUCGCGAGCACUUUGGCCCCCAGGGGCCCCUGGAGCGGGUGUCAGAGCGGCUGAUCCAGGAGGCAUCCCGUGGCGACCGGCAAAGCGUCUACAGGAUCCUGAGGGAAGGGGCGGGGCAUCCCGACGUAGGCGACGCCACGGAGCACACAGCACUCAUCGCUGCGACCGUGAAUUGUCACACUGAUGUGAUCCACUUGCUGUUGGACAGCGGUGCUGAUGUGAAUAAGCUGAAUGGCGAAGGCAUGUCAGCACUGGCGGUGUGCAGCAUCCUGUACUACCCGUAUGACUCGCUCCACGAGACCCUGGCUGAGACACCCCCUCAGAGACCCUUCCCCCAUUCACAGGAGUCUAAUACGCAAUCGCCCCUUGAAGAUGCCCCUCAGAGGAAUGGUCCAGAGGAAGGGAAUGUUGAGGAAAAUGGCCAGUCUGAUGAAACCAACCCACCUGACCAAUCAGGUCAAAUCAACUACAGCGACUGUCCUGACCGCUAUGACCCCAGCCCUGAAACCCCACAGCCCCUAACGCGGUCCAUCCCGGUUUUGGAUGGUGACGUCCUGGUAGGCUCAGUCUCCUGGCCUGAGAACAGGGCUGGGGAGGUAGUGCCAGAGGAGGAGGUGGAGCUUAGCGACAGCACCUUCGACUCUGCCCGUUCGCAGAGCAGCCUCCCUAUCCAUGUGAGCGAUGAGGUCAUCCAGCAGACAGCCGAGGCAUUGAGCCGCACUGGCCUGUCGCAGCCUACCGACACCCAGGAGACAGUCUGGAAGAUGGUCCACAUGAAGACCACGCGUAGGGCCAGGUGGAGCACUAUGGCUCUGCUCCUAAGCAGGGGGGCCAACCCUAACGCCUCCAGCGUCCCCAUGCCCGUCCUCCUCCUGGCUAUCAAGGCCCGGGACGUCCAGGCUGUGAGGCGGCUCUUGGAGUGUGGAGCGCGUACUGAUGUGCCCCUGCCCCCCGAGCGCAAGGGCCUGUAUCCUCUGCACAUUGCAGCCGGUCUGCCGGGCCCAGAGGGACCAAAGAUUACAGAGUUGCUUCUGCACGCCCUGGCUGACCCUAAUGUACGGGCGCUAGACGCCCACGAGGUGUUUGAGCUGGACAGGAGCACUCCAGAACCCCAGUCAGUCCGCGGCAGCAAGACUCCAAGCUCGUCCAGAAGCCCCCCAGUCCAACAUUACACCCCACUCUGUGACCCUCCUGACGAGGGCGGUAGAACGCCCCUGCAUGUGGCCUGCCAGAGGGACGCCGAAUACGCUAGGGCCAGGGAUGUGGUGUCUUUACUGCUGUCUCACAAAGCCAACACCAACCUUCUGUGGAGCGGCCAUUCCCCACUCUCCCUGGCUAUCGCCAGCGGCAACAACUUGGCUGUGGAUGAGCUCCUGGCCUGGGGGGCGGAUCCCAACCUUUCUCUGACCCGCCAGGUGGGCAGUGCCCUGUGCACCGUCGCAAACAUCAGCUACGACUGCAGGCAGCAUCCGCGGGACCGAGUCAAGCUGCUGGAAAAACUGGUCAACGCUGGCGCCAACAUCCUCAUGCCAGUCACAUACGGAGAAGGGCGCAAAACUGCUGUGGGCACUGCAGUGGAUUAUGCCCACUAUGUCUUCCAGCAGGACCGGCGUAUUGCCCACACCCCUUACCACGCCCUGAGCACCAGGGAGCGGGAAGUGUACAACGCGCGGCGCCACCUGCUGGCUCAGAUGGGUGAGCUGCUGCGGCAGGCGGCGGUGCAGGUGGAGAGGCAGCGGAUGGAGGCGGAGCUGCGCCUUGGCGUCCCCAGCGUCAGUCCCAGUGACAAGUUCCUGUACAUCGGAGCGGGUGCUACUCUUCCUCAGGCCGAACCUUCAGGGUCGAUUAACCCGGACUACCAAGAAGCCACACCUCCGCUUGAACCGAGGAAGCCUCUUUUUGAGUACUGCUAUCAGUGCGGGCGCUCUGCGGGCGUGGCUCUGGCAGCCUGCUCCCGCUGCCGGCAGGUCUUCUACUGCAGCAAGGCCUGCAAGAUGAAAGCCUGGAGCGACCGGCACAAAGACGAAUGCAUCCGCCUUUCAGGUAAGGCCAGGGACAGGAAGUGCUCGGUCAAGAAAUCCGGGGCUCAAGAGGCAGAGGCCCCCCAACAGGGAAGCGCAAGGGCCCCUGGCAGGAUUCAGACGGCCCCAUGGACCCCAGGCAAGGAGCCAAAGGACAGCUGGGAGCUGGAAGAGAAUUACAGCUUCAACUGACUGCCGGAGAAGAGUACAGAGAUCAGACAGAGAUUUGCUUAUUGAACCACGUUUCAGUUGUCCAAUGCAUGAUUUUUUGAGGCAUGUGCCAAAUGGGGAAAUGGUUGUUUCAAAAGGAGGCUGUGCCAAAUGAGUUUACACCACCGCGCACCAGGGUUCAGAUCCGGCAAAGAAACGUGUUACGUAGGCAGUUGGCUGGAUUGCUUUGGGCACCUGUGUGGUUUAUGCAGUGCUGUACCUGUGUGGUUUAUGUGCUACUGUACUUGUAAGGAGUCAAAUGUGAGUCAAACGACAGGUUUAACUGUGCCAAUCAGAGCCUCGGAUAGUCUCCUGAGUGUGAGGCCUAUGCGGAGGGAAAUGUACUGCCCUGAUCACAUUGGUCUGAAAAGAGAGGCCACCUCAACACAGCAUGGAGAUGCUCUCUUCAAAUACGCAACGACUACAUGAUGGCCGCUGGAGCUUGAAGUCUGAGUCUCAUGAAGUUGACAUCUCACUACGCUGGGAAGGGUGAUCAUUGCAGGACAAAUGAAAUUCAUGCCUAACUCUGUGAGACAUAAUUGUGGAAAUAUUACUUGGUUAUUGCUCAGCUGUUCCUAAUUGCACCUUUCCAAGUAAUUCCUUCAGAUCAUAAACCUCAGAAGGCCUGUCUAAUAAUAAUAAUAUGAGUUAAUCACUUCUCAGAAGUGUCAGCCUGUUAUUUAUUUUGGAAGGCACAUCUGACUGACACAGCGGAGCUCUCCACCCAUUUCCUUGUGGCUGCACAUGUCAUUUUGCAUAAGUAGAUAUCGGAUUGUCAAGAAUAAAGAGAUGUUAAAUGA